AUGCAUGCUGAAGAAGUCCAUGAUUGGGCACUCCAUGUGGCUGGCAUGAUAUCAUUGAUUGAAUCCUUGGACACGAACAUUACAGAGGGCACCGGACUAGGCCGACUGGUCAAGGAAAUGGCCGCGCAUCUGGAUAUUGGCGUGUUUUCCCUGGGCCGCCCUGGAAAGAGUAGAAGAGCCUGGCUAGAAUGGGAUAUUUGCCCUCCCGGCACGCCGUUGGAGCUCGAUUUCUCCUCCUUGGAGGUUAUCGUGGGAUAUCCAAAGUCUCAGUUGACCAUCAUAGCCACUGUUUCGGCUGUAUUGGAGGUUACGAAUUUACCCGAGUGCCCGGGUUCAAUCCAAGACCUCGUCAGAAAGCUCUACGACACAACCUUGAUAGGCCAAGGGACGGUACCGGGUCAUCUGUGCCUGGCCGCAUCGCCUCCCCGACAGAGGAUACCCAUAUGCAAAUGUUGA